GCUGAAUUUGACAGGAGGAAGUAGCGACGCAAGAAGCAAGAGGCUCAUUUCGGGGGGUUUAAGUGACACAAAAUAACACCUGUGAUGUGAUGCCGUCGAAAUUUAAGACGAGGAAGGAUAUGCCUUAAUGUAUUUCAUACCUGAGGCCAGCAUCAGUCAGUCGACCUCUCGCCCAUACGUCAUCCAGAUGAGGAAUGCUGGGAGUAUGCAGCCCGUGUACAGGCGAGAUGCUGGAGUCUGGCACCAAACGCGAAGCCUCCUCUACAAGAAUCUGCUCAUCAAAUGGAGGACAAAGCAACAGAGCCUUCAGGAAUUGAUCCUCCCUCUGCUGUUGUUGGGUCUCCUGAUACUCAUCAGCACUUUGAAUCCCCACGUUUACUAUGGAGGCAUCAGCACGACGGAGCUGGAGCCCGACAACCCCUUCUUCAAGGGCCUGGGCUACACGCCGAUCACCAACGUCACCAACCACAUCAUGGAGGAGGUGGCUCAGGAGAUGCACAUGCAGGAUCGCCUGGAGAUGUUUGCCAGCGAGGAGGAUCUGGAGAACGCCAGUCUGUACGAGCCGUCCAGCUACGUUGGUGUGGUGUUCAUGGACAGCUCGGCCACGUCUUACAGGCUACGCUUCCCAUACAACCAGCUGCCCCUACCCAGCGAUUACACAGAGUCUAUUGCCAACUGCCUUACGAGCUCAGUGAACUGCAGGGCAGCUAAUUACUGGUACUCCGGCUUCAUCCGCCUCCAGUCGCUGAUCGACGCAGCCAUCAUCCACAUGCAGACAAAGCGUUCGGUGUGGAGCGAGAUGGACUUGAAGGUGGUGAUGAUGGGUCAGCCGGGCUCUGUGGAGGUGCAGAAGUUCCCCCACGCCCUCAUCUCCAUCUACCUGGUCCUGGCUUUCACGCCCUUCGUCACCUUCCUCAUCGUCAACGUGGCGGCUGAGAAGGAGCAUCGCCUCAAGGACACCAUGACUAUGAUGGGGCUUUACGACACAGCGUUCUGGUUAUCGUGGGGCCUCCUGUACGCUGCUCUGGUGACCACCAUGUCCAUCCUGAUGGCCGUCAUUGCCACGUUCACGGCGCUUUUCCCGAACAGUGACUUCUUUGUCAUUUUCUUCCUCAUCUUCCUCUAUGGAAUAUCAUCUAUCUUUUUCUCCUUCAUGCUGACGCCAUUAUUCAAGAAGCCCAAGUUUGCCAGCACAGUGGGCUCCAUGCUGACGGUGGUGUUUGGCUGCCUGUCACUGUUCACUGUGCUGAUGAAGGACUUCCCACAGCCGCUGGUCUGGCUCCUCUGCCUGCUCUCGCCCAGCGCCUUCUCCAUCGGGAUUGCACAGGUGGUUUACUUGGAGGCUCAAGGGGACGGAGCUGUGUUUUCAUCUUUGACCAACGGCCCUCAUCCGCUAUACGUGCCCCUGCUAAUGCUGGUUUUAGACUGCGUCAUUUACCUUCUGUUGGCUAUCUACCUGGACCAGGUGCUGCCUGGCGAGUUUGGAAUGAGGCGCUCCUUGGUUUACUUCCUGAAGCCAUCCUACUGGUCCAAACGCAGGAAGCGCUACGUCGAAGUGAGCUCGGUGUACGACGCGGAGGUGAACGGUGCCCCCGGUGGGGACGAGUCUGUGGAACCGGUUUCACCCGAGUUCAGAGGGAAAGAAGCCAUCCGCAUCAAUAACAUCCGGAAAGUGUAUAAAGAGAAGGACAGCAUCGUGGAGGCUCUGAGAGGUUUGACAUUCGACAUCUACGAGGGUCAGAUCACAGCUCUGCUCGGACACAGCGGCGCUGGAAAGUCCACCCUCAUGAACAUCCUGUGCGGCAUCUGCCCCCCCACCAACGGGACGGCCACCAUCUACGGCUCCCCCGUGGCCGAGAUUGCAGACGGGUCAGAAAUGAAGCAGCUGGUGGGAAUCUGCCCUCAGUUCAACAUCAUCUUUGAUGUGCUGACCGUAGAGGAGCACCUGAGGAUAUUUGCUGCCAUCAAAGGGAUCCCACCUGCAGACAUUGAUGCUGAGGUUACCAAAGUGCUGAAGGAUCUGGACUUGGAGAAGAUCAUGACAGCUCAGGCCAAGAAUCUGAGUGGAGGCCAGAAGAGGAAGCUCUCUGUGGGCAUCGCCAUCCUCGGAGAUCCCAAGAUCCUGCUGUUAGAUGAGCCCACGGCCGGCAUGGACCCCUGCUCCAGGCACCAGGUCUGGUCUCUGCUGAAGAGCCGCCGAGCCGGCAGAGUGACCGUACUGAGCACACACUACAUGGACGAAGCCGACAUCCUCGCUGAUCGCAAAGCUGUGAUCUCCCAAGGACAGCUGAAAUGUGUCGGCUCUUCUCUGUAUCUCAAGACCAAGUGUGGUGUCGGAUACCAUCUCAGAAUGUCUAUCAAUGAGGGAUGUGAAGCUGAAAAGAUCACGUCUUUGGUGAAGCACCACGUUCCCAAAGCAAAGUUGGCUCGACAGCACGAAGCAGAACUGACUUACACUCUGCCUUUUGAGAGCAUGGACACGUUUCCAGGCUUGUUCUCCGAGCUUGAUGGUCAGCCCAACCUGGGAAUAAUCAACUAUGGCGUUUCCAUGACAACGCUAGAAGAUGUUUUCCUUCGUUUGGAGGCCGAGGCUGAAGUGGAUCAAGCUGACUACAGCGUGUUCAAUCGGGAGCAGGCGGAGGACGAAUGCGACAACGCCUCCAUCGACGACACAGACCAGCGGCUGCUCACGUUCUCAGACAGCAAGUCGGACGUGGUGUCGGGUCACGCUCUGUGGCGGCAGCAGUUCAGCACCGUGGCGUGGCUGCACAUGCUCAACAUGCGCCGGGAGAGGAAGGCCUUCGUUUACACUUUGGCCUUGUUCCUGGUGUUCGUCGCUGCCGUCCUCGUCCUGUCUCUGGCCACAGGAAACAUCCAGAUUCACUCCUCAGACCGCCAGUUUUCGCCCAUUUACCUCCUCAAAAGGCACCAGGCGCCCCGGAGAUACGCCACGAGCCUCCUGGUGCAGAACUCUUCAGGUUCUGAUAUUUCGGACUUCGUCCACAACCUGGAAUUGCAGGAUAUCAGCGUGGAAAUGAUGAAACACAGCGACUACAUGUCCGCAGCUCCCCACAGUGCUGCCAUCAACGUAACCGGAUCCAGCAAGGGUUUCAGGUACAGCGUCGCUUUUAACAGCACCACAGUUCACUCCUUACCGAUGGCGGUGAACAUACUGAGCAACGCUCUUCUACGAGGUUUAAAUGGUUCUGGACACAUCCGAACAUGGACCAAACCUUUUGAUUAUCAAAUCCCAGACGCUACUUCUUACGCUCUGGUGUACAUCGAGGCAAUCAUACUGGGAAUGCUGGCCGCUGGAAUGCCUGCGUAUUUUGCAAUGGACCACACUCGAGACCGAGAGAUCAAGUGUCGCUCCACCCUUCGUAUUUCCGGUCUGGUACCGUCUGCCUACUGGUGUGGCCAGGCAGCCGUGGACAUCCCCUUCUACUACCUCAUCCUGUCCUGUAUGACCAUCAUCCUCUUCUCCUUCCACACCGGAAACCUGCUCACCUCCAGCAACCUCACCGCUGUGGUUCUCUGCACCGUGGGCUUCAGUCCAGCCAUGAUCCUCUUCACGUAUGUGUUUUCUUUUGGCUUCGCUCGAGUCCAGAGCAACAGGGAUUUCUUCUCUGUCAUCUCCAUGAUGGUGUGUGUGGUGUCGGCCUCCGUGGUUCAGCUGUCCUUCGUGAACGACAACCCUGGGCUGACGAGGAACCUGCACAACAUCUUGUGUUUCUUCAACCCUCUGUAUCCUCUCAUGGGCUGCCUCAACUGCAUCACCAAGGCAACCUUCCUUCCUUCUUUCUACGAGGAGAACUUCUUGUGGAAGAACCUUCUCAUUUCAGUUGUGGCUCCAUAUCUCCAGUGCAUCCUUCUGCUUUUCCUGCUUCGUUGGCUGGAGAUCCAUUACGGAGGGAGGACGAUGAAAAACGAUCAGUUCUGCAGGAUCUCGUCUCAGCCGAAGCCCAAAGUGGAGAGGAACCCAGAAGAUGGUCUGAAUGAGGAUGAGGAUGUUCAGAUGGAGAAGGCCAGAGUGAAGGAGGCCCUCACCUGUCAGUCCUGUGAAGAGAAACCAGUUGUGGUCGUGAGCAACCUGAGGAAGCAGUACAAGGGCAGAAGAGAAGGUUUUUCUUUCAACAAGAGGAGCAAAGUGGCCACAAAGAACAUCUCCUUCUGUGUUCGUAAAGGUGAAGUUCUUGGACUGUUGGGACCCAACGGAGCUGGAAAAAGCACCAUCAUGCACAUGUUGUCGGGUGACACUGACCCCACUGCAGGCCAGGUGCUGAUGGGAGACUACAGUACCGAGUUUCGUCCCGUGGACAGUCCUAUGGAACACGUAGGUUACUGUCCACAGGUGAACCCACUGUGGCCCAGGAUCACUCUGCAGGAACAUCUGGAGAUCUACGCUGCCAUCAAAGGUCUGAAAGGACAGGACGUACCAGGAAUCAUCAAACGUGUUGUGAACGCUCUGGAACUGAAGGAUCAUUUGAACAAACAAGCCAAGACUCUGUCAGCAGGACUGAAGCGAAAGCUCUGCUUUGCCUUGAGCAUGAUCGGGAAUCCUCAGAUCGUCUUGCUGGACGAACCGUCAUCGGGGAUGGAUCCCAAGUCUAAGCAGCGCAUGUGGAGGGCCAUUCGUGCUGCGUUCAAGAACCGUCAGCGAGGAGCCGUCCUCACCACACACUACAUGGAAGAGGCCGAGGCCGUGUGUGACCGUGUAGCCAUCAUGGUUUCUGGCCAGCUGAGAUGCAUCGGCUCCAUUCAGCAUUUAAAAGGGAAAUACGGCCGAGGUUACAGUUUGGAGGUGAAGCUCAGGGAGGAGCUGACGGGGCUCCAGCAGGUGGCGCUGCUGCACAAGGAGAUCCUCCGAAUCUUCCCUCAUGCUGCCCGGCAGGAGAGCUUUGCCACUCUGAUGGUUUAUAAGAUCCCCAUGGAGGACGUCAAAUCACUGGCCAAGUCUUUCUCUCAGCUAGAGAACGCCAAGCAAACCUUCAACUUUGAAGAGUACAACUUCUCCCAGUCGACUUUAGAGCAGGUGUUCAUGGAGUUCGCCAAGGAGCAGGAGAACGAGGAGGACGAGGUGGGCUCCCUCAGCACGACCUUCCAGUGGCAGCGUUUGCGUCAGGACGGCUCCGUCUCCGUCAACCACACAGACAGCAUCGUGCACCAGCUUUGAGGCGAGAGGAAGCGACCGGUCCGUCCCGACCUGCCCGGCUUCAGCGUCUGAGGGCUCACGCCAGCACUCGCCCGCUCCACGCAAACCCCGACGCCCACCGCCCUUUACGGCGAACGAGACGGACGAUGGUGGGGGUCGGCAUACUACACCGGGACCGACUGAGUGUUGGGGCUCAGGGCUGCUCUGGCCUCUUUUUGUGGGUCCGAGGCGUGCAUGUUGUGUAACCCUCGUCCACUGGUGCUCCGUGUUUUCUGACCGACCGAGGGGCCUGCAGUCUGUCUCGACACGCCGACGCGACACUUUGCUCCUCUUUCUAAUGGUGUUUUUUUCUUUAAAAUCUUCACAGGGAGUCAGUAAAUGGGGGGGAAAGAAACCAUAUAAAUAAUAUCUGAUAUUUAUGCUUUGUAAUCCUUCUCCAGCCGUUCUCCUCAGCAGGAGUAAGUGUGUUUGCUCGUCUCUUUGGAUGUUUGUCUGUUGUGUUUGUGAAACAGUUUUUAAUUUUUAAAUUUUUUUUUUUUUAAAAGCACUACCAGAACUGGAAUCCAUCCAUGAUCGUACCAAAGCAGCACAUCUCUGAACCACACACUACCACACCUCUAUCACAUAUUGACACUGAGAAGUACCUUUUUUUUUUUUUGUUUGGUUUUUUUAGUGUCGGUAGCAUGUGCGUAAAUAGUUCUAUUAUCGACGUGGGGCAGCGGAGUUCGCGCCUAGAUGCUAACAGCUCUCCAGACAGUCUUUGGACCUUUAAAGAAAACACAUUUUUUUCCUCUGAGGUUGAAGAAAAGCAUCGUUUCUCCUCAUUUACACAUCCAGACCCACAUUUAAGCCACAUUCUUCAGAGCUGAGUGCUGGAAUGAGGGUUUUUGGAUAGAAGAUAUUAGCCCCCUGUGGCCUUCCUCUCUGCGGGUUUAGCGUAGAACCCAUAGUCUGGGAUCGUAGAGUAGAAUAUGCACACCAGUACAUGUAGCACACGAAGAGGUCGGAGGUCGAAGCUCGAGGCCAGAUCCAGGAGCCGUUUUAUCUCUCAGCCGGGUUUUACGAGGACUUUUGAUAACAGAUUUUGAAUGUAUGUUGGGCCUCCAGGCGAGAGGAGGGGUUUGUAAAGUCGGUGACUUUCCCGUCGUCACUCGGUUUCACUUUGGUGCCACUUUUUGAUCACGCAGCUGUGUUUAGUUAACUCUUAUCUAGCUUAUUCUGUGUGUGUGUGUGUGUGUGUGUGUGUGUGUGUGUGUGUGUGUGUGUGUGUGUGUGUGUGUGUGUCGUGCUGUGAAUACUCCGUGUAGCUGCGGCUGUUUCUGCAUCAUCAAAUAUUUGUACGAGCAGGUGCGUUGUUGGGGCGACACCUAUCAGCAAACCGAUAAAUUGUAAUUUUUUCAUGACAUUCAGGCAAGUGGAUGUUCAUUUAAAGGGAAUUUAAAAAAAAAAAAAAACUUUUAAUGAGAAUUAUUGUCGGGUUGAGUUUUAUUUCCUUCAUCGACCUGGGAGAGCCUUACUGUGUGGCAGCUGGUUCAGGGGUGGACAAAAUAACAGGGACACGCAAAAACCCAACGCAAACUCUGGCACAACAACUCGACAUUAUCCAUGUGAUAUUAUCAAAUGGAAUCACAAGUUUGGCGUCCACCUCUGCAGGAUAAAACUCUACUACUUGUCAUUUACCAGCCUUGGAGCAGAAGCUGACACUUGAUUUUGAUAAUGAAUUCUAUUGAUAUUUAUUUCCUCUCAUGUGCACGGUGCAGAAACUUUCUAGUGGUGGGUUUUUUCAUGCGUACACGAGGUGUCAGGGUUGAAUUACCUUCACGUGUUCAUGCAGUAGCUUCCACUAAUCUGUAACAGAUUUUAUUUGCAGGUUUUUUUUACGUACGGUGUCAUAAUUUAUCAGCGUGGAGGGAGAUUUAUGAAGCGUUUCAAGAGACAAGACAUGCACUCCAUACAUUACAACACUUUACAUAGAAAGCGAGUGCUCAAGAACUGCAGUUGGGCGUCCUUUUAAAUGUGAAAACUCUAAAACCCUGUGGAUAGUUUUAUUUUUUUGUCUUUUUGCACACAUGUAGCCUUGUUCCCUCAAAUUGAAAAACACUGGCUCUGUUUUAAGUUGUGUGGUGAGUAUCGAUGGGUUCUCUUUGGAGUGUCGCUUUAUACGCCGUCGUUCAUGUAUAUUUCUUUUGUAUUCAUUUUCCCAAGUGCAAUGUUGGAUAUUUGCUCGCAAAAGCAAACGUUCGUGUGUGUUCUGUCAGUUUCAGUGACAUGUAGCCAUCCAGAAAACAUCUGCUUCUUUUGCACUUCUCCAACAACCCCUGCUUCCACUGCAGAAAACAUCAGUUAAAUAAAUAUCUCACGUCAAAGAAAACCAAAACAUUGUCCGGCUCCAUGGAAAGUGGAGCGUUCAGACAAAUUGGCGUCGACAGCAGAGCAGGUUUCCUUUUAUUUUUCCUGGUGGUAGUACAGUUGCACUAUUUCUGGGAAAUUUUAUAACCUUUCUGUAUAUUAUGCAAUCUUUUUAAGAUUAUCUGUGCACUGAUUUUAUUUUUUAAAGACUGUGGUUUAGCUGUGUGCUGUAUUUUCCUCUUGUACCCCGUGUUCCCCAUGUCUGAAUGGACACUCUAAAAAAUUAAAUGUUAAUCUGAAUCA